GAAAUACCAAAAAAAUCGAACCAAAUUAAAUCCAAAUGAACGUGAUAAAAACAUUAUUAUACAAAGUAAUCAUUUAAAAGUCGAUUCUACCAGCUAACAUAAGGAAACAACUCCAAAUUUGCAUCUGAUUACUUUGCCCCACAUGUGGAUUAAAUGCAACUUACUCAUUAGUUUUUGAAUAAGCAAAAAGAAUCUAAACAAUUGUGUUCAUUCAGUUAUAAAUUGUUGAAGGUAAGUACGAGUAAGUAAGACAGCGAAUAUGUAUCCAAACGACCAUGCUAGUCCUCCACACCCAGCAUCACUUCCUCAAUAUAUCUUUUUUGCGGCAAUUUGCAAACAUCGGUGACGAGUACAUAAUUGAUACAGUUUUGCCGAAUCGACCUUGGAUUAAAUAUAUGACAUAAAAUAAAUCGUCUUUAUCAUUACUAAUUCAAAUUCGAUCUUUGAUAUGUAGCAAAAGGUUUAUUUUACGAUUUAUUUUGAAACGGAUACGGGUUUUGGUAUCUCAUAUAAAACCGUCGUUCAAGUUGAUAGUGGCAUCAUUCGUUUUUCUCAUUUUCGAGAGAAUUCACAUUUUAUACCUCUAAUCAACCAUGUUCAAGCUGGUGUUCGCCAUCCUCGCCGCCCUCGUGGCGUUCGCCGCCGCCAAGCCCUGGGGAGUGUCAUACGGGGCUCCCCUGGCGUACUCCUACGGAUCACCUCUGGCGUAUUCUGCACCCGUGGCGUACGGCGCCUAUGGCUACAGUUCGCCUGUCGUCUCUGCCUACACUCCGUACGCCGCAGCUCCCGUCGCCUACGCCGCUAGCCCUUACUCUUAUUACCUAAAACGCUAAAUAGAACCUGACACUUUUCUUCAAUA